UCACGCUUUUGGCUUUUCGCUUUUUGGCCCCCACUGCGUUCUCACCCAAACACGCCCUUUCUUUCUUUUAUUUUCUUCGUUUUACAUCUAAAUUUCUCUCAUUCAUUCAUUCCUUUCCUUCCAUAUUUGACCCACUUGCACAACUCAUUCUGCAAAUUGCUAAUUUACUAAAUUGCCAGGGUUUCUUCCCGCACCACCUUUCUCCUUGUUUGUCUUGUUUCUUUGCUGCUGAUAGAAAGCUCAAAGAGGAAAAAAGAUCCAGGUUGACUCUUCUUUGCCGUAUCACUUCCUCAAGUCAAGGCGAAUCUGUCUGAGCUUGGAACUUUUGCCUGGUUUCUGAAGCUAAUUGUAUCUGCGGCUUUUGUGUUGGACUGUGAGGGCAGCUUUUGUGCUUUUCGAUUUGUUUGAAUUGGUUGCAUUUUCUAAGAUUGUUGCGUUCAAUACUUAUCACUGAACAAAACUGGGGUUGUUUUGAGCUUGGUUUGUGAGUUUUUGGGUAUCCUUUGAAGCUUUGGAAUGGUUUGACUUUGUGGGUACUUAGCAGAAGUACAUAUAUUUCGUUUGGUGAAGUUGUAUUUGAGAUUCAAGGAGUUGGAAAGUUGUAUUUGAGCUUUCUGUUGAAGUACUGGGCAAUUGUUUUGAAGCUUAUGCGAAUGGCUUGACUUUGUGGGACAUUGGCGAAAGUUAAUUGGUUGGUGGUGUGAGUUUGUUUGUGUUUUCCUCAAAAUGGAUAACUCCGCAAACAGGCAUAAUGAUCAUUUGGGUGUGAACAAAAUUGGGAAAAAUAUAAGGAAGAGUCCAUUGCACCAACCCAAUUUUGCUAAUAAUGCCGCUAGGCAACAGCCUCAGCCUCAGGUAUACAACAUAAGCAAGAAUGAUUUCCGCAACAUUGUUCAGCAGCUUACUGGUUCGCCAUCACAAGAACCUUUGCCUAGACCUCCUCAGAAUCCGCCAAAACCCCAAAGUAUGCGGUUGCAGAGAAUUCGGCCUCCUCCAUUAACACCUAUCAAUAAUAGACCAGUAAUCCCACCUCCAGCACCUCAUCCUUCAGCCCCACCGCCGGUUCCAUACAAUAAUAACUUCAUGAGGCCUCAGUUUGGACAACCAUCACCUACACUGAUGCCGCCAUUUCCACAUGGAGACUCAAUGUGGGCAAAUACAGCUGAGUCUCCUAUCUCAGCAUAUAUGAGGUACCUUCAAAGUUCGAUGCUGGAUCCAACUCCAAGGGGAAACCAAGCGCAGCCACAACCACAAGGGCCAGGUCAAAGUCAGUCUCAGGCACCAUCGACUGGUUUACUUCCUAACCCUUCCAUGCCUGCUCACCCGCCCCCAAGAAUGAAUGGUCCUGUACCACCUGCGCCUAAUCUACCACACCCACCAGUGAAUGGUCCUGCCCUCUUACCCUCACCAACUUCACAGUUCUUAUUGCCAUCCCCAACAGGUUACAUGAACCUGUUGUCCCCAAGGUCACCUUAUCCAUUGCUUUCACCUGGGAUGCAGUUUCCUCCACCACUGACCCCCAAUUUUCAGUUUUCACCCAUGGCCCAAUCAGGGAUAUUAGGUCCAGGGCCUCAACCUCCACCCUCUCCGGGUUAUUUAUUUCCAUUAUCUCCUUCGGGGUUUUUCCCCAUUUCAAGUCCAAGAUGGAGGGACCAAUAGUUGUCUCACCAUUGUUAUGUAUGUCAGUUCCAUGCUUUCUCCUGAGGUCUGUCUUUAUGUGGACUCUCAUCUACUUCUUCAUUUGUGAAAACAGUGUUGUAUACUGGUAGUGUAAGUGGCCCUUUGGGCUACCUCUAGUGUUCAGCUUUCAUUUUUUAUCUUUCUUUCGUUGAUACCCACUCUACAUCUUUUUUGAUUCUUGAAUCCUGUAUCAGCUGCUAUCUUUUUUAUUUAUUUUUGUUUUCAACAAGUUCAAUUUAGGCAAUAUAGUGAAGAUCAACAAUGCAAUGGGAAGAUUGGACAGGAGCUGUAAUUUGAAAGACUGGAAAGAUGGAGCUAUAACAUGAAAGGAGGUAGGACACUUGAAACUUACUAUGUAGGGUCUAUAGUGGAAGAGUUCUUGUAAUUUUGUGAUAUUUGAAUUAAACUGUAGUUUGAUGAUGUUAAC